AUGGAGCUCAUCACCAUCCUGGAGAAGACGGUGUCGCCGGACUGCUCGGAGCUCGAGGCGGCGCAGAAGUUCCUGGAGCAGGCGGCCAUCGAGAACCUGCCGACCUUCCUGGUGGAACUGUCCAGAGUGCUGGCAAAUCCCGGGAACAGCCAAGUGGCUCGAGUGGCAGCGGGGCUGCAGAUCAAGAAUUCCCUGACUUCCAAGGAUCCCGACAUCAAGGCCCAGUACCAGCAGAGAUGGCUGGCCAUCGACGCCAACGCCCGCAGGGAGGUCAAGAACUACGUGCUCCAGACCCUGGGAACGGAGACCUACCGGCCCAGCUCCGCUUCCCAGUGCGUGGCCGGCAUCGCCUGCGCCGAAAUUCCCAUGAACCAGUGGCCAGAGCUCAUCCCCCAGCUGGUGGCCAACGUCACCAACCAGCACAGCACCGAGCACAUGAAAGAGUCCACGCUGGAGGCCAUCGGCUACAUCUGCCAGGACAUCGAUCCAGAGCAGCUCCAGGACAAAUCCAACGAGAUCCUGACAGCCAUCAUCCAGGGAAUGAGGAAGGAAGAGCCCAGCAACAACGUCAAGCUGGCGGCCACAAACGCACUCCUGAACUCUUUGGAAUUCACCAAAGCAAACUUUGACAAAGAGUCUGAAAGGCACUUUAUUAUGCAAGUAGUCUGUGAAGCAACACAGUGUCCAGAUACAAGGGUACGAGUGGCUGCCUUACAGAACCUGGUGAAGAUAAUGUCCCUUUAUUAUCAGUAUAUGGAGACUUACAUGGGGCCUGCUCUGUUUGCUAUCACGAUCGAGGCGAUGAAGAGCGACAUCGACGAGGUGGCUCUGCAGGGGAUCGAGUUCUGGUCCAACGUCUGCGACGAGGAGAUGGAUUUGGCCAUCGAGGCCUCGGAGGCAGCAGAACAAGGGAGGCCUCCAGAGCACACCAGCAAGUUCUAUGCCAAGGGGGCCCUGCAGUAUUUGGUCCCAAUCCUCACACAGACCUUGACCAAGCAGGAUGAGAACGACGACGACGACGACUGGAACCCCUGCAAGGCUGCUGGGGUGUGCCUGAUGCUGCUGGCCACGUGCUGUGAGGACGACAUCGUGCCCCACGUGCUGCCCUUCAUCAAGGAGCACAUCAAGAAUCCCGACUGGAGGUACCGGGACGCGGCCGUGAUGGCCUUCGGAUGCAUCCUGGAAGGGCCGGAGCCCAACCAGCUCAAACCUUUAGUAAUACAGGCCAUGCCCACGUUGAUAGAGCUGAUGAAGGACCCCAGUGUGGUGGUGAGGGACACGACGGCCUGGACGGUGGGGCGGAUCUGCGAGAUGCUGCCCGAGGCCGCCAUCAACGACAUCUACCUGGCCCCGCUGCUGCAGUGCCUCAUGGAGGGGCUGAGUGCUGAGCCCAGGGUGGCCACCAACGUCUGCUGGGCCUUCUCCAGCCUUGCUGAAGCUGCCUAUGAAGCUGCAGAUGUGGCUGAUGAUCAGGAAGAACCAGCAACCUACUGCUUGUCCUCCUCCUUCGAGCUGAUCGUGCAGAAACUUCUGGAGACUGCAGACAGGCCUGAUGGACACCAGAAUAACUUGAGGAGUUCUGCAUAUGAAUCCCUGAUGGAAAUAGUGAAAAACAGUGCCAAGGACUGUUAUCCUGCUGUCCAGAAAACAACCCUGGUCAUCAUGGAGCGGCUCCAGCAAGUGCUGCAGAUGGAGUCUCACAUCCAGAGCACCUCAGACAGAAUCCAGUUCAACGACCUCCAGUCCCUCCUGUGCGCGACUCUCCAGAACGUGCUGAGGAAGGUGCAGCACCAGGAUGCCCUGCAGAUCUCGGACGUGGUCAUGGCCUCGCUGCUGAGGAUGUUCCAGAGCACGGCGGGCUCGGGGGGAGUGCAGGAGGACGCCCUGAUGGCCGUCAGCACCCUGGUGGAAGUCUUAGGUGGAGAGUUCCUGAAGUACAUGGAUGCCUUCAAACCCUUCCUUGGCAUUGGACUGAAGAACUAUGCUGAGUACCAGGUCUGCCUGUCUGCAGUGGGCCUGGUUGGGGACUUGUGCAGAGCCCUGCAGUCCAACAUCCUGCCUUUCUGUGACGAGGUUAUGCAGCUGCUCCUGGAGAACUUGGGGAAUGAAAAUGUCCAUAGGUCUGUGAAGCCCCAGAUCCUCUCAGUGUUUGGGGACAUCGCCCUGGCCAUUGGGGGGGAGUUUAAGAAGUACCUGGACGUGGUGCUGAACACCCUCCAACAGGCAUCCCAGGCACAGGUGGACAAGUCUGACUAUGACAUGGUGGAUUACCUGAACGAGCUGAGGGAGGGCUGCCUGGAAGCCUACACUGGGAUCAUCCAGGGAUUGAAGGGAGACCAGGAGAACGUGCACCCUGAUGUGAUGCUGGUGCAGCCCAGAGUAGAAUUUAUCCUGUCCUACAUCGACCACAUCGCUGGGGACGAGGAUCACACGGACGGGGUGGUGGCCUGUGCUGCCGGGCUCAUAGGGGAUUUGUGUACAGCAUUUGGGAAAGAUGUUCUGAAAUUAGUAGAAGCCAGACCCAUGAUCCAUGAACUGCUAACGGAAGGGAGGAGAUCCAAGACGAACAAAACGAAAACUCUCGCGACCUGGGCGACUAAAGAGCUGAGAAAACUGAAGAAUCAAGCUUGAUCUGUUACCAUUGGGAUGACACCUGAGAACCCCCACUGGAAAAAAAUCUCCAAUCUUUUGAAAAAAAAAAGCAAACAAACAACCCGGAAGUGAGGAGUGUGCACGGAUGCUGAAUGUUUGGGAAUGAGAGGAUGAUGAGUGUGAGUGAGGCUUGAGGAAGGAAAAAAAAAAACAAAAAAACAACACACAGGGAAAAAAAAAAACCAACAACAACAACACAACCACAUUGAAAAUCCCGGGAGAGCAGCCACGGGAGCAGCGCUGAACCGGCAUCAGGAAGAGGGAAUUCGGGAAUUCUGGAAUUCUGUCCAAGCAACACGAGUGAGGCUCUUCUCCCAACAGCCCGGGACUGGCUUCUCCACGAGGAACUGCCAGUUGGGAGAGGAGAGAGAGAGAGAGAGAGAGAGGGGAAAAAAAAAAACUGGGAUCUACUGUGGUGCUCUGCGAGGUCUUGGCUGCUGGAGAGAGAGGUGGAGCUUUGGAAUCUCCAGCACGGGAUGAGGAAGGGGGAGGGUGAAGGAAUUUUCAGUCGAGGAGUGAGUGUGUGUGAGUGAGGAGGUAUCCACAUUCUCAACUUCAAGUCAUUGCAGUUUAUCUUUACCAAAAAAAAGAAAAAAAACCAACAAAAAAAAAAGACCACACACAAAAAAAAAAAAAACCAACAAACAAACAACACACGGGAAAAAAAAACCCACCCAAACAAUCCCACACAAAACAUUGCAAACAAAAAAAGGGUUGGCUGUUGCAUUUCAUAAACUUAACCAGACGUUCUACUGAUGCAGCGUAAGAGAUGUACAAAAAUAAUAAUAAUAAUAAAGCAGAAAAAAAAAAAAACAGGUGAGAAGAGGAUUUAAAAAAAAAAAAAGUGAAAAAAAAAAUAAAUAAAAAUGAUUAAAAAAAAAAAAAGGUAAAAAAAAAAAAUUUAAAUAAAGGAAAGUCGCUCUUUAGGGCUUUUUAUUUUUAGGGAAACACUGACGAAUGUUCAGAGCUCCCCACCCUUGUCCUGCUCAGCUAAAGCGCCUUUCCUUCCUUAAAUAUUGUUCAACUGUGAAUGUAGAAAUGGGGGGGGGAAAAAAAAACACAAUUCUUGUGUUAGAGGGAAUAGGAAAAAAAAAAUGGUCAAAUCGAGAUUUUGGGCUUAAAAGAGUUCACAAAAAAAAAAAAAUAAAAUACACGACCUAAAAAUAAAUAAAUAAAUAAAAAAUAUCCAGAGUUAAAAGUGCUCCAGAUUUGGCUGUGAAAGGGAAAAAGAUCUCUCCUGACUUGUACUGUAGCAGCCCAGAACACUCACACCGAAAUUGUGCCAAAGAGUUCAAAAAAAAAUAAAGCAAACAGAAAAUAAACUGCACAGAUAAUAAUAAUAAUAAUAAUAAAAAACUUCAGGUGAUGUUUUGGAACCGAGGAGGAGAAAUUCAACGUGCAAAACACACACAGGGAAUUUAAAAAAAAAAAACAAAAACAAAAAAUGCAGGAAAAAAUCGGAUAAAAUGCCAUUUGGAAACUGCUUGGCCUUUUUUGUGCUCUUUAUUUGAUCAGGUUUAAUGUGGUUUUUUUUUGGUCUCUCGCUGCACUUCAAAAAAAAAAAA